UGAAACUCUCUAACCUUCAAAUUUGGAAAAGAAAGUAAAUGAUCCGUUAACAGCGAUAAAAUGAAUAACACUUCGGAUCAUCAUACAAUAAGCCAACUUAAUGAUUUUCUGACUAUUCAGAUGAGAGAAAAGAUAGUUUCUUUGUUUGAUCGGUUCUUUGUUGCUGGGCUUUGCAAGGCCGUUCUGAUUUCAGGCAUAGUGCUCUACAUGGCCGCAAUUUUCAUCUUCAAGAACCCGAGUUGCUCACCGGUGGAAGAGCUUCUAUCAUUAUCGUCAUCACCCUCUUUCCCGGCGCUGAACCCGCUGGGAAAGAAUAUAACGGGUUCGUCCCCGACGAAUAUCAGCCACUUGCUCUUCGGCCUCCUCGGCUCGGAAAAGGCAUGGCACUACCGAAAGGCCUACGUCGAGGCGUGGUGGCGGCCCGGGGAGACCCGCGGGUUCCUAUAUCUCGACGUGGCGCCGAAGGGGGGACUCAUGCCAUGGUCGACGGCUUCGCCGCCGUACAGGGUGUCCGACGACAUAAGCGCGAUGAUCAGAGAAACGAAGCACGUGGCGCCAGUCAUGGCGCGCAUGGUGCAUGGAAUCAUGGAGGUGUUCAGGGAGCGGUCGCCGCCGCAGCAGGAGGUGAGAUGGGUGGUUAUGGGCGACGACGACUCCGUGUUUUUCGUGGACAACAUGGUUGAUGUUCUGGCGGCAUAUGAUCAUACCAAGUACUAUUACUUCGGCGGGCAGUCGGAGUUUGUGAAGUCAAACUACUGGUUCUCGUUCAACCAGGGAUUCGGCGGCGCCGGUUUCAUUCUUAGUUACCCUCUGGCGGCGGCGCUGUCGGAGGGUAUGGAGAGUUGUUUAAGGAGAUAUGCACGGGUAAGAUCUGCCGAUACAAUUACCAUGCUGUGCAUAUCUGAUCUUGGCGUUAAUCUCACACCGCUCAAAGGGUUUCAUCAGGUUGACUUACAUGGGGACCUGUCCGGUUUCCUAUCCUCCCAUCCCAAAGAUCCAUUGCUAUCCCUUCAUCAUUUGGACAUGGUGGAGCCCAUCUUCCCGUCAAUGGGCCGGUUUGACUCCGCCCGACAUCUGCUGAAAUCGGCGGCGAAAUACGACCAAACUCGCAUGUUACAACAGACCAUUUGCUACCACAGAAAUGCCAGCUGGACGAUUUCCGUUUCGUGGGGUUACUCGGUUCACAUUUACGAGAAAGUCCAUCCUCGGAGCUACUUGCAGAUGCCGAUCGAAACGUUCAAGCCGUGGGUAGCCAAGGGUAAUAUGGACCAUCCGCUUUAUAUGUUCAACACUCGCCGUCCUUCCGACGAUCCGUGCGAAUCCCCGCACGUGUUCUUCCUUAAAACUGCUAACCAAACGGCGGAGGAUGGAAUCGUUAUGACGUAUCUCCGGUCGUCGGCGAGAGGAUUGCCGGCGUGUUCUUUGAAUUCAGUUACCGGCAACAACUCGGCUGACUAUGUUUUUAGGAUUGAAGUUUACUCUCCGCUCACAAAACGUCCUCAGAUGGACAUAUGUGAAUGUUGCGACAUUAUGCAUCCACACGGUGGAAGCACAUUGAAAGUGAAGUAUAGGCAAUGUGUGAAAAAUGGGAUUAUUGCUUAAUUGGUGGAGUGUAAUUAGUUUUUCUUUCGAUAUCCUAAAUUGUGUUCCCCUUAAAUAUUACUCUAUUUUGUAGCAUUACUUUAUACGUAGUAUAGUUGAUAUAAUUGUUAUAUUGUGUUUUUUUUAAUUUUUUAUGCAUUUUUAAACCCUUCAACCCAUCUUACAUUUUUUAGCU